UGAAAACUUGGACAAUCAACGGAAAGUUUUCGAGCAAUUGCGUUACGUACAAAGCAUAGAAACAAAAAUUCCCAGUAUUGGAAAUUAAUCAGUAAAUAGAUCUUAAAAUCACUUUACAUGUCUGGUAACGCCUUACCAAGAGCCAUAUUACAUGCUGUUUAUGGAACUACAACUCCACGAUUCGUUCCUCAAUUACAGCGAAUAACACUAAAGUGUUGUAAAUUUCGACGAGAUAGUCAAGGUGUCAGAGAUUAUAUUGAAAAUCAUUUAGUGGACUUCGCUCGAGAUAAUCCAGCAACCGUUAUCUAUGUAAAGCCACGUAGAAAUAGACCUCCUCUUCUAGUUGCUGAGUAUCUAUGUGGUAACUGGCAGUAUGUACGUGCAAAAGAUAUGACUUGUGAAGAAAUUGCUAACUGGAUCAAUUUCUUACGUACUCGUUCUGGAGUGAAUAUUUUUCCAAUGUAUAAAUACUGGUCAACUAAACGCCCUUCAAUUCAAGGCAUGUGGCAUCCGUUUUACGAACCCUUAUAUAAUCAGACAGUUUUAAAAACACCCAAUGAAAUUGUAAGAAACAUUGGUCAGCUUUGUCAAAAUAAACAAAAUGUGUUAUCAGCCGAAGAAGUACUGUUAGAAAAAGCAAAACUUCAACAAUAUCGUCUGUCUGACUUAUCCAGUUAGUAAUUUUAGUGUAAUAUAUUUUUAUACCUAAACCAUUGCAGCGCAUUUUUGUGGAUAAUGUAUGCUUCAGCUAAAUAUCUUCCAUAACACUUAGAAAAAAAUAAAGUAUUUGCACGAUUUUUAG